AGAGCAGCUCCACAGUUUGCAGGCUGCUCCGAUCUAGGCCUCGUUGCCAAUCCUAGGCCAGAGCUGGAGGCAAGUGGCUGAGGGGCCCUCGGGCUGGGCAGGUGGGCAAUGGGAUGGGGGUGGCAGGGACUGGCGUGGCGCCUAGGGCACGUGCCCUGCCUGCCCCCCCCCCCCCAAUUCCGCCUAUGCAUUUAAUGGAGGGCUUCAAAGGCGGAAAUCAGCACCUGGAAGUGAGCCUGGAAAGGCAGUGACAGCCAGCUCUGAUCUUUUACGAUCAGAGUUAUAGGAUCCCCCUUCGGGCAGCGUUAAGAUGGACUGUUUGGCUCUCCGUCACCCCACUCCCUACGCAAACCCCCCCCCCCCGAGCUCUGGUAGUUUAAAGCCAAGUCUUUUCUCUCCUUGAAGCCUUAACUUCAAAUUUCAAAGGGCAGAGACAGGAUUCGGCUCUUUUCAAGGUCCGGCAGUCUGCUCAGGCUCAGAGGCACUGCUGCUUUCCCUGUUUCAUCUGUUCCCUCUAAAGAGAGAGAGGGUUGGACUUUGACCUGGGAGAGCCGAGUUCGAAUUCCGCUUCAGUCAUGGAACUCACCAGGAGACUCUGGACCAGUCACUUAUCUCUCAGCCGAUUCUACCUCACUCACAGACUUGUUGUGGGGAGGAACAGUACCAUGGACACUGCUCUGGACUCCUUGGAAGAACGAGCAGGAUAGCAUUGUCAAUCAAUAAAUGAAGGCAAUGGGCAAGGUCCAAUGGAGAAGGCCAGAUCAAGCCCAGCUUACACUCUCUCUGCACAAUUCCUGUCCGGAAGUGACAAGCUGACCAGGAAUCAGAGCAAAGGAGAAAGGAAGAGAUGAGUCGACUGAAAAGAGGCCGUCUGCUGGCUCCGCCUUUACGAGCGCGAGUUCGGCCAGGGAAGGAGGAGGUUCGCCCAGCAGCUUCCUUGAGACACCGACAGCGAUCAUUGGCUCCACCUCCAUGUGGUCCUCUGCCUCUGACCUCUCCCUUCAGUCCAUCAAAGGGAGGGACAGCAGGGACCACAGCAACCCAGCAGAGGGAGAUCUGCGGAAGCCGCAGCGGGAGCACCAGUGGCCUGGCUCACUGGCGGCAUCCCCCUACCAUCUCCCCGGACCCUUCUUUGGGCCGCUGGCCCCCAGCCGUCCCACUGCGGGCCCCAUGGCCCAAUUGUUUGGCCAUCAAUAUUUGUAUGACAUGCCAAGCCUGCAGCUGCUACAGCUGCCACCUCCAGGGCCGGCAGAGCUCCCACCACUCUUGCAUAGGGUGAGGGAGGCUCCUGGCUAAAGACAUGCCAUGCUUGCCCCCAUCCCUCCUGCUGCAAGAACAUCUCUGGCCCAGCCGGCCAGGGCGGACCCGGCGCGCAAGAGGAAUCUGGUUCUGCUGGCCCACCGGCUGCAAUCAGAAGGCAGCAGCACCACCACUGCCGCUGGGGGGUUCCGCCCAGCCCCACCAGAUCAGCCCAGGAGUGGCAAGCCAACUGACAUUCGACGCACGUCCAGAGUCUUGAUUCCUGCCACUGAGCAGCCACUGGCCAUCCAAAUCAAGGAGCCUGCAACUAAGGAAUCAGAAGGCUUCAGCACCAGUGCUGCCCCAAGAAUGAAGCUCCCAGAGUUGGAACCAUACAGAGCAGGGACCCAAGAGCGCCACCCACCAUCUCCUCCCCAGCUGCAGGGUCGAGGAAUGGCCAAGGGAGGAACAGCCCCGCCCACUGGGGAGAUUCAGCUGCGCCCUAAGGGCCCUCCAAUUCAGAAGAAGCUCCUUGUUCCAAAUCAGCAGUUGCUUCUGGAAUUCCGCUUCCCGCCUCCUCCACCAGAGCAAACCAAAGUGCUCUCCAAGGGAACGGCUUCCCACGGGGUAACCCCACGAGAGAAAGACACCCAAUGUGCCAAGCCAAGGGUGCAACUCUUUGACUUUUUGCCCCCCAUCACCUCGGCGCCCAAAAAGGCAAAGGCCCGCUCAUAUGGGGAGGAGGUGGGCAGGAAACUCAUAUGGGGAGGAGGUGGGCUCAUAUGGGGAGGAGGUGGGCAGAGAACAAUGGAAAGAGGGCAAGGGCAGCAGCGGCAGAGAGCGUGCCAGCACCCAAGGUGCCAUGGGGAAGCCCAAAGGCUGAGGGGGAGGAGAGAUCAGGAGAGACGGCCAAAGCACCCCUGGAUCACAAGGAAGGGAGAACCGCGCAGAAGAUCCCCACUUGCCAUCUGGAGCUGGCCGUCCAACCCCAUCUGCCAAGGAAACCAGCAGGAAUCAUGCCAGGCCAGAAGCUGCUGAAAAUGCCUCAGGUCCUGCCAGGAAGGGGGAAAGCACGGCUGCUACCACCUGAAGCCGAAGCUGGGGACACAAAGAGGAAGAAAGUGGGGACAGAGUCCAGUGGAUCCGCCCAGGUGGAAGGGCCGGCUGUGCCCCCGACUCCGAGGAGCAGCCUGGCCAGAAUGAUGCAGGCCUGCGUGCAGGUGUUCCAUGCCCUGGGCCCCCCGGCAAAAUCCAAGAGUGCAGAGGGACAUCCUGGGCAGAGCGUGCCCAAAAAAAACACCAUCGAUGUCCAUGGGAAGGCCACCAUCGGGAAGCAUAGCCGAGCCUCCACCAAGGCCUUUUGGAGCCCUACCAAGCAGACCAGCGGGGAAGGCACCGCCCAGCUCCAUGGCCAGGCCAGCAGCCAUGCCUAUGGCCAACCUUCCCCCUAGCUCCCUGGCCCACCCACAAUCAAUGCCAGUGUGGUGGCCGCCGUGAUCCCGUCCCUUCAUGCUCCGGCCCUCCUCCCUUGCGCAGGCAAAUACCUUGCGAAUUCACAGUCUUACUGGGAGGACCUUUGGCCAGCCCCAGCCGGCCCCUCAACCACAGCCACAGCCUUGGGGUCCCACACCAACCCACCGACCCUUCCUCCCUGCCCACCAAGCCUCCACAGAGCAUCCGGUCCUUCCACCUGGUCCCCAGAGCACGACAGCAGAGCAGGAGUUUAAUGGGGCCACGUUCAUCCCUUGGAGGAUGCCCCUGGCCGACCUGGAAGUCUCCCAGCCCAUUACGGAGGAGCAACGGCCCGUCCGGGAGCUGAUGCGGCGGCGGGCUCAAAGAGCGAGGGAGGCGGCGGCUCAGUGGACAUCAGCUGGCCGGAAGCAAUAUUUCGUGGAGCGGGAGGAGGAAAUGAACAUCUCCCUUCAGUAUGGCUACCCCAGGCGCCACUGAGAGGCAAAUCUCGUCUCUCGCUGGGUUUCCUCCUAAGCAGCAGGACUCCCCUGUCACUGGAGAUGGCCCGGUGGGGAGAACUCUGACGGGCCCUGCUUCACCCUUCCUCCUGCCGCCCUGAGAGGGAAAGCUGGUCUUCUCCUUCAUGGGCAAUGAUCGGUGCUCUUCUUCCCCUGAUUGCUGCUGGCAGGGGGCAGGAAGGGACUCCUGGGCUUUUGGUGGCUGGAGGGAUGGUGGAUUUGGGUCAGGGAUGCAGUUGCAGCAGAAUAUUUCUACAUUUGGGCUUUGGAGGCCUGCUGUAGGUUGACAAACUGCCUGACAAAUCAUAGCUCUGUCAGAAGCAGCCUUUGAAAAGGGGACGGGGCAAUUAAACCCCUUCCUAAAAGGGGCCGUCCUUUCACUUCCUCCUUCAGCCGACCCUUGAAGGGUCCAAAGAAGGCUCCAACAUUCCUGGAUUCCAUUCUUGAUCGCAGCACCUUUUAAACAGCGGGGAGAAAAGCUGUGGCUGUAGUUCUCUCUAUUAUAAGCUGUUUUUGUGAUCUCAGGGCUUCCCAAUUCACUUUCUUCAACCUCUCAUGUUUCUUGAGUCUAUUUUAUGUUUGCAAUGAAUGAAAAGAAUUCAGCUUACUCACAGUAUAUUACAGCUCCCCCCCCCAUAUGAUCGUAAGCUUAUAUAACUUCAUUUUUAAAAUCGGUAAAUCUUAACAUUUUACGUGUUAUCGUCUGGUGUUGAUAAUUUUUAAAUGAUGUUGUUUUAACAUUAGUACAGAUUGGGUUGAGGUAUAGAGGUUAAGGCUAGAGUUCUGCAUCUUCAUUGAUCAGAAUAUUUCUUUCUUUUGUAUUUUGCUUAGGUCCUUUUGUGAAGAGCCAGACAAGCUGCCCCCAAGAAAGAGAAGCAAGCCACACAGAAUGCCCCUCCCCUUUGCCUCGUGCAGAGGGGAGGGCGUUUGUCCCAGCCACGCUCCGCAGGAGGCCCCAAAGGCACCUGAUUGGCCCGUUCAGUUUUGGGGACGGGGCUUUGGCCCUUGAUGGGUUUUCCCCGCCCCCGCUCUUCAGUUUGGGCCGAGCAUUCGUGGAGGAAGGAGCUCUUUCAUAGAGCUCCUUCAAGGCCUGAACUGGAGCGGGCGGGGAGGGGGUAGCGCCCGAGGAUCGGAUGAGUGGCGUAUUUCGGUGGGUAGCAUCGACCUGCCGAGUGGCGGCUUCCCCGGACAUCAGUGGCCGUUUUAGCGGCCUGCGGGGGCAUCGGACUGCGGCUGGAGUGCAUCGGCCCCGGGGCGGCGGCAUCUUAGGGGCUUGGGGCCCUUGGUUUGUACGGGUUGGGCCUUCCUGGCCUGGGGCGUAUUGGGCGGCCUACCUGGGCGGGACUGGUGGCUGCUCCGAUUGGUGGCACUUAUUUGGGGCCCUGCCGCUCCCUGCUGUUGGGUGGGGGUGUUGGUUGGCCUUGGGGUUACUGGCAUUUUUCGUGGCCCUCUUCUCUUCAGUUGGCUUCUUUGGGGGUCUCUCAGGAGGGCAGUGAGUGGCUCUCUGGGCACUCUUCUCUCCACGCCUAUUGUGUUGUUUUGCCCGUGGGGUUUUUUGGGUUGUUUUUGGUGGCAUUGGGGGGUUGGUUAUUCUGGGCCCCUGCAAUUCGCCCACAUGCCUAGGAAAGCCAAGGAGAAAACCGUUGGUCGGCCUAUCAGGCAGCCCAAGCGGCCUGCACCUCCACCUUCUUCCUCUGAUGAGGAUGAUGAGGAGAUGGUUCUAAUCAGAGGCCUGAUCAACAGGAUGGAGAAGGCCAAGGCUUCCAUUCUGUUGGAAGCAAGGGGGCUGGCCCGUCUGGAGCGCCGAAGAAAGUUCCUUGACGCACGCGUGGUGCUGCUAGAACACAGUUAUGAAAAUCUAUCUCUGACAGGUUUGGAGCUCUUGAAAAGGGCAAGGGCCCGCCCGGCCCAGUGCUGCCUGCAGAGCCGGCUGAUCCUGUAUUGCUAGUGCCUGGUGUUCCCGUUUCUGCGAUGCCUUCUCCUGAGGUUCUGGAAUCCCCGCUGCCAUUGGAUCCCCCCCCCCGUGGAUCCAUCUUUGUCUCCGCCCCCGGGUGCUGGCGGAGCGGCGGCUCCUGUUCACGUCCUGGUUUGCGGCCAUUCGUCGGUCUUUGGAGCCUUCAAGAGGGCCAGCUCCUCCCAUUGGGGCACCCAGUUGGGUUUUGGAAAGCGUGCUUCAGUUUCUUGGUUGGGUAGGAGGGGCAAGUUAUGGAGACAGUUGCUCCCUGCCAUUUGGGAUGAUUGAGCUAGGUUCCCUGGGCCUGAUGUCAUUGUGAUUCACUUGGGGGGAAACGAUUUGGGCAGGCGGACUGGUCUCUCUCUUAUUAUUAUUAUUUCCCCGCCCCAGCUCUUCCGUUUGGGCCAAGCAUCCCCCUCCCUCCCUUCCCUGGAGCAGAGCGGGUCUAGUGACUGGUCGCCCUUCUGGGGCCGAGUAGGAAUUUUUGGCUCUCAACGCAUUGGCCACUGUUGGGUUUUUUUCCGCCUACUCCGUUCUGCGUUUGGGGUUUGAGUUAGAAUUAGGCUGGUCACUCUGGCAGGAACAGUGCGGGCUGGGUGGUAGUUUGAGGGAUAGAACAUGGGUGAAACCCUUGGAUAUUUAAGAGGUGGAUUGGCAAUCACUCCCUUGCGGUUUGUGCGGCCCAGGGGGGAAGAGUUUGCCAUGAAACCAGCUUCAGGGCUUCACCAACCCUUGGGCUGAGCGGUCCGGGGUGGGUGAAGGUCUAGAAGUAUCCAGACCCUCUUUCUUAAAGGGUUGGCCUUGAAGGAAUUGGGCAGCUUUUACCUGCCUGUUUCCUGAGCCAGGGUGUGUCACCCUCGAAGGUGCAGGGAAGGGCAAGGAGCCCUAACCCGGCCUUCUUAGGCCCGCACUGUUGUUUUGGGGUGAUUAAUCUCCUUUGAUCCAGUCCGCCAUGCUUGGUUGUUAUUGUUUAAUAAAGUUGUGGCCCUUUUCA